GACGCCGCGGCCGCCGCGGAGCUGGGGAUUAAUGGGAAAAGUUUUGGCAGAAGCCGGAGGAUCCUGCGGAACCUGCGGGACGGCGGCGGCGGCGCGGGAGGCCGCCGGGACAGUGUUGUAUGGUGUGGGCAUGCAGGUGGUACUCACACAGUGGCUUCUGCUCACCAACAGAUGAGGACAGAUGCACCAAAGAGCUGCUGGCCAUAGUGUUGUCUGUUACGCAUGUCCAGAGGUGGUUUAUCCAGUUCAUUCCUGAGCUUUGAGCUUCCAGUCCCAGCUAGAAGUUUUCUUUCUUAGUUUCCACUGGCAAAGCACUUUUCAGGUGUGACCCUCAUAGCCCUGGAAGGAGGACAGAUCAGAAGAAAUUUUUGCAGCUCAGGAUACUCUGAACAGUAAGGAGCGUUUGUUUUGGGGAAAACAGUGGCUCUGGCCCAAUCAGGAUGUGUUUGUUGAGGCCUUGACAGAUAGCUAUAAGAGCCGAGAGCCCUGGAGAGUCAACCUUCCUGAGUUCCAGCUGCCUCUCCCUGCACUGUUCAUCUUCACAAGCCUCCAAGUUGGGGAACAGAUCCAAAGCCAGAGCCAAAGUGUCCUCCCAAAGAGCAGACUGUGUUGGGUCGACCCUGAGGAGCUUUCUCCAGAAUUCUGCCCCUGGUUCAUGUCCUUUCGAGCCCUGCAUCUUGAAGAGAAAACCAGGGCUCUGACAGCAAGGCUGACGGGAACUGCCCUGUAGAGGUCCAUCUGCGUUCAGACCCAGAUGAUGCCAGAGCUAUGACCGGGCCUGCAGGCGUGGUGCCGAGGGGAAAUCAGCCAUGGAGCAGCCACCGGAGGAAGCCCCUGAGGUCCGGGAAGAGGAGGAGAAAGAGGAAGUGGCAGAGGCAGAAGGAGCUCCAGAGCUCAAUGGGGGACCAGAGUCCUCGCUUCCUUCCAGCAGCUAUACAGACCUCUCCCAGAGCUCCUCGCCACCCUCACUGCUGGACCAGCUGCAGAUGGGCUGCGAUGGGGCCACAAGUGGCAGCCUCAACAUGGAGUGCCGCGUGUGCGGGGACAGGGCCUCAGGCUUCCACUAUGGUGUUCAUGCCUGUGAGGGGUGCAAGGGCUUCUUCCGUCGCACAAUUCGCAUGAAGCUUGAGUAUGAGAAGUGUGAGCGGAACUGCAAGAUCCAGAAGAAGAACCGAAACAAGUGCCAAUACUGCCGCUUCCAGAAAUGCUUGGCACUGGGCAUGUCACAUAAUGCCAUCCGCUUUGGCAGAAUGCCGGAGGCCGAGAAGAGAAAGCUGGUGGCAGGGCUGACAGCAAGUGAAGGGAGUCAGCACAACCCACAGGUGGCUGACCUGAAGGCCUUCUCCAAGCACAUCUAUAAUGCCUACCUGAAAAACUUCAACAUGACCAAAAAGAAGGCCCGUGGCAUCCUCACCGGCAAGGCCAGCCACACGGCGCCCUUUGUGAUCCACGACAUCGAGACAUUGUGGCAGGCAGAGAAGGGCCUGGUAUGGAAGCAGUUGGUGAACGGCCUGCCGCCCUACAAGGAAAUCAGCGUGCAUGUCUUCUACCGCUGCCAGUGUACCACAGUAGAGACCGUGCGUGAGCUCACCGAGUUUGCCAAGAGCAUCCCCAGCUUCAGCAACCUCUUCCUCAACGACCAGGUGACCCUUCUCAAGUAUGGCGUGCAUGAGGCCAUCUUCGCCAUGCUAGCCUCCAUUGUCAACAAAGACGGGCUACUGGUAGCCAAUGGCACUGGUUUUGUCACCCGUGAGUUCCUACGCAGCCUCCGCAAGCCCUUCAGUGAUAUCAUCGAGCCCAAGUUCGAAUUUGCUGUCAAGUUCAAUGCCCUGGAACUUGACGAUAGUGACCUGGCUCUCUUCAUCGCGGCCAUCAUUCUCUGUGGAGACCGACCAGGCCUCAUGAACGUGCCACAGGUGGAGGCCAUCCAGGACACCAUCCUGCGUGCCCUUGAAUUCCACCUGCAGGCUAACCACCCGGACGCCCAGUACCUCUUCCCCAAGCUGCUGCAAAAGAUGGCUGACCUGCGGCAGCUGGUCACUGAGCAUGCCCAGAUGAUGCAGCGGAUCAAGAAGACUGAGACUGAGACCUCGCUGCACCCCCUGCUCCAAGAGAUCUACAAGGACAUGUACUGAGGGGUGUACCUCCCAGCAGGUCUUUAGGGGUGUCAAGAACCAGGGCCAGGUGGAAAGCACUGGGCCAGGUGGCGCCUGCCCUUUCCUGCUGACCAGCCCCCAAGCAGUGGGAGUGGCACAGGAGCCGUGAGAUCACACACUUGUGUGUGUAGAAACACAGCUCUGCCUCCAGCAUUGCCUUCCUCACCCUGUCAUCUCCCUCUUUCUCAGCUCCUCGCUUCCUCUUCUCUAAUUUGUUUUUUUCCCUUCCUCUUUGUAGGUUUCCGUCUUCCUCUGUCCCUCAGCCUGCCUUUCCCACCAUCCCCGUGUUUGUCCCUGUUUCUUUCUGUGAGACGGUUUUGUAUUAUUUCACCAGCAGCAUAGAACAGAAACUGUGCUUCUGCCCCCACUGUCCCUGGAGCAGGAGGAAGUGGGCCUCACUCUGCUCCUGUCUUCACAGCAAAGGACAUGAGCCAUCCAAAGAAACACUAAGCGCUCUGGACUCCGCUUUCUGGUAGGCCGGGCUUGGCCUCGGCUGACUGUAGCAGCGGCCUCUAGUCGUGGGCCCUGGCUCAAGGGCCGGGAUGCCUGCCCUGGACGGUUGCUGCCCUCCCGAGGCUGAGGCAGGCAUCCCUGACCCAGCCCACCCUGCUCAGCGGCACACCCCAGUCCACUGACACCGACAUGCUUCCGUUCUUCUCACCUGUCUUCCAGGCCAGUGUCGCUGACAGCCCCCUGCGCUGGCCGCUGGAGGGGCGCCACCCCUAGCCUGACAAGAAGUGGGGUUCCUCCAGGUGGGGGCCCCGAUGCUCCCAUUGAAAAGGAGUGAGCCUCAGGAAGGUGGAAGUUGGUGGGGAAAGCAGCGAGCAGUGCACUUGACUCUGACUCCAGGCCAUAGGGUCAGCCCCCCAGUAGCACCCAUCCCAUCCCUCCACCCUGAAGCAGCCACCGAGCCCUGCCUGUCUUUUGCAGCACCACAGCUCCCCUCUCUGAGUGCCAGGGCCUGGCCUCAAGUGCAGCGUUCCUCUCUCCAGCCUGGAGACGCUGGCUCUGGCUCCAGCUCAGCUGCCGUUCACCCCUCACACACUCCCCGGAGCAGCCACUCCAGCACACACCGCGAGCACUGAGAUCACUUUACCUGCAGGUUCAUCCCCCCUCCCCCGCCCCCCAGGCAGGUGGGCCCCCAGCGGGGCCUGCACAUGGAUGGGCCCAGCUGUGCUCCCACUCCCAGGGCUGGACCAGAGCCCUUGGGGGACAGGGGUAUCCUGCAGAGUCAGCCCAGCACCUGCUCACGAGAGAUGCCGGGUAAACUGAUGCUGUCACUGUCCCAGCAGCUCUGCUGCCCGCUCCUCAGCUGUAUUCGGCCCAGCUGGUCACCUGGAACUCUGCACAGCUUCUGUGACCGUGACCUUGCCAGGCCCAUCCCCACUCCUCUGGCUCCUGCCCCGACCUCUCCCUGCUCCCAGGCAAAGUACACGCUCCCCAGAGGAGGAGCUAAAGUGUAGUUUGGGGUGCUACGUCUAAGCAGAAGAUUGGGGAGCCCAUUUAAGCUGCUUUUCCAGUGAGGAAACUGGCUGGGGGGCGGGGGAGGGCUAAGGAACAUGCUGGGAUCUCAGAGAAAGGUGGUGGAACACCUGGACUAGAGCCCGAGCUCCUAGGGCCUGUCUGCCGCUCCUUCCCAGGCUGACUGCAGCUUGGGGAGGAAAUACCCCAGGAGAGCCAACCAGCCUGGCCUCUGCCCUGCCAGCGCUGAGGCUGGCUGUGCCCCGAGAACACACUACUGGCAAGAUUCCUCCCUCUCCCCUCCUACCACGGGCUGACCAGGGAUUUGCUUUAGGGGUGCUUUCUUUGGGCCAGUGCUGUGAAGGGCAAGACUGCCUGACCUCCCUCCUUCCCACCACCCCUCCUUACCCCCCACCCGGGUCUGGUGCUGAGGAUACAGCUCUUCUCAGUGUCUGAACAAUCUCCAAAAUUGAAAUGUAUAUUUUUGCUAGGAGCCCCAGCUUCCUGUGUUUUUAAUAUAAAUAGUGUACACAGACUGACGGAACUUUAAAUAAAUGAGAAUUAAAUAUUUAAGAGUUGAUUU